UUUUUAAAACUUUUUUGUCCUUAUCAGCUGAGUAUCUGAUUGGCUGGAAGUUCUAGAGCAGUUUUUUUCCCUUACUGACCUCCGCUCUAUAAAACCCAUGAUGAUGUGACAGCUUCACUCUUUUGAAGUGCGCAACAGAUCCCAAUUGAUGGAAUUACUGAGUGGAAAGGGAAAAGUAAACUUUAACACUGGAUUAUCUUGUAUGGUGGAAUACCAGUUCUAAUAUUAGACUUCAGGCUGUGUAAUUCCAAAUCUUGGUAAAUUUUGCCGUCAGACAUUCUCAACUCUGAUUUACAGCUUUCUAACGGUUUCUGACCUCUGAACAAGUGGUCUUUACGCAUAUUUUGCGCCAUGGCGAACUCCUGUCUCCAACUGAGCGGCUUUCUCAUCAGCUGCCUCGGAUGGCUGGGCAUCAUGAUCGCGACAUCCACCAACGACUGGGUGCAUAUGUGCAAAUACGGUUUGAAUACCUGCAAGAAGAUGGAUGAGCUGGAAACCAAGGGACCUUGGGCUUUCUGUGUCAUCUCCACAGGAUUAUACCACUGCGUCUCCCUCACGCAGAUCCUGGAACUGCCAGCCUACAUCCAGACGACUCGUGCCCUGAUGAUCACAGGUUCAAUCCUGGGUCUCCCAGCAGUGGGGAUCCUCCUCAUGUCCAUGCCCUGCAUCAGCCUCGGCAAUGAACCCCAGAGCUCCAAGAACAAACGCACCAUCCUGGGAGGAGUGCUCAUAUUCAUAAUCGCAUUGUGUGGUAUGGUAUCUACAGUCUGGUUUCCCAUUGGGGCCCACCAUGAGCAUGGCCUCAUGUCGUUUGGCUUCUCUCUCUACUCUGGCUGGGUGGGCACUAUUUUCUGCCUGCUGGGUGGGGCCAUUCUCACCUGUUGCUCAUCAGAGCCCUCCUCCUACCAGGACAACAACCGCUUCUACUACUCCAGACAGGGGGGAGGCAACCCGCCACCGGCCUCCUCCAACAAUCACGCCAAGAGCGCCCACGUCUGAGCUGGGAGAGAUUCUGAAUCCCAACGUGGAUGUGUCGGGGACUGUAGCUAGCUUGUAUAUACAGACAUAUACGCAACAGCACACAAACACACAUUUUCACAUUCAGCACAAUAACAACCACAUUCAAACAUAUACUGGAAGAGAAGGAGACACAUUCACACACUCAAUUAUGUUGGUUUAUGUGAAGGAAAAUUCGUCAAUGAGCAAAACCCCCCAAAAAACAUACAUAAAAGAGACAUUCACACAUACAAACACACAAGGACUGUUUUUGUUGGAACUCUUUUUCCGCCAAUGGAUUGUUUUGGUAUCGCAGAGCUCAUCUUGAAGCCUCCUCAUGUUGGGCGUGGUGUGGACUCAUCAUGCUGUUACAUAAUCGUACAAGCUCCUGAGUAACUGCCCACACAGCAGCCUGAAGUUCCAAUCACCUGAGGCCCUGUGGACUGAAAUAUUGAUUUUCUAUAUUACUUCUAUUUUUCUAUUGUGCACCAAGAGAUGAAAUCUUACGAGUGUCUUUGUUGAUAAAUAUAUUUUUUAAAUCAUAUUAUGUCGUGAUCUGUUGUUUUGAUAAGAGCAGGGUAUAACAAUACUAUUGUAUAUACAUUGUUUAUAUACAUUGAUUUUUCAUUGACUCUCCGGUGCAGUUGCGUCUUGAGUGGUGGACUUGAUUUAAAAAAAAAAAAAAAAAAAACGUGUGCUGUUUUUUUCCAAGCCUCUGCAGGAAGACAGUAGAAUCAUGGGAACAAAUUUCACAGGAGAGCUUUAGCCAGCAGUUUUACAGCCUGAAUUAGAGCCUCAGUGUGUGCACUGACUUGGCAAAAAUAACUUAUUAGUGAAUACAGAAAUUUCAUCUUUAUUACUCUGCCAUCUAGUAGUGAUAUUUAAUAAUCUAAAGUUACCUUACACAUUUUCUUUGACUAACUUCCUUCUGUUUUAUGUUCGGAUAACAACCGAGUGACAAUAACAGCAGCUUAUCCUGUUAACUGUUGAAUCAUAAAUUUCCAAACAUGUAAGUCAAACUUCCUCAUAUAGAGUAGCACUUAAAAAGAUCUGUAGCUAAAAAUAUAUUUCACAAGUAUGCAAAAAAACAAAAGAACAGUAUUACAUAGAUUUGCUUCUCUUGAAGGAAUGUGAUGACUUGAAUGUUCCAUAUCUGAAAUGUGCUCUGAACACAGAUGGAACCUGAUAUUCCCAAGCUGAAGAUACCUGAUAUUUCCAACUCAGAUCCAUAAAGAAAGCAGUAUUAGCUGGUUAUUUAUUGUUUCACUGAUGUACUUUUGUUUUGUUUUUUUCUAUAAUAAAAAAUAAAAUCAUCAAACUGC